AUGAAGCGGAAACGAGCGCUCAGGCGGUUGCAACCUGGGCAACAACAACUCAAGCCGGUGCCGAGGCACGAGUCUUCGGUUUGGGUCUGCUGCCCAGCGUGCCACGAACGUCUGGCGGCAGCGAGUCUGAGCUUUCACACCCUCUAUGACUGCAGCGAACGGAGGUCACAGGACGUGCUCGCUUCUGCGAACAGCAGCACCAUCAGUACUUGGGACAGGUUGCCAGACGAGACACCUGGAUCAGCGGAUCCCGCUCGGGACGCCUGCCUGGCGCAGACGCAAGCACAGCAGAACAGUUCGGAGUCUGCUGGAUGUCACCGAAACACAACUGGUGCGGCGUCGUCGUCGUCGUCGACCGCCUCCCAGCCAGACGUGUCAACGACGAAUACGAGUUUGCAGGCUGCAUACCAGACACUCACAGCAGACGUGCCGUACACGUCUUCUGCACACAGUGAAGCGCGGAACGCGUUUCGCUUACUGAUGACGCCUCAACGCUACCUAGCCUGUUACUGGACCAUGCAACGCUUUUAUCGCGGGAAUGAUGCCACCGGUGCGAACGGCACCUAUUUGCGCUCGGAACUGCUCUUCGCAGGUGAUUCGCGACUAGAGCGCCUGCUUACAGAGCCGUGUUGGCGAUGCUUGGGUAGCACGCGACUCGCUGACGCACUCUGGCGACCUAGCAACGUUCGCGAACAGUACGCAGACGCCAGCAAAAUCCGAACCCAAGUCAUUUGGCUGGCGCACAAGUCCCUCUUCGAGCAUGACGCAUAUGUGCCGGCUACAAAGCUUCUUGAGGGACGCGAGCCGCGUCUCCCGCGUGCGCUGCUGCUGUCGGCGCUGCAGAAGAGCAUCCGACGGGCUCGCUGGCCCCAGGUUGUUCGCCUCUCGCGCUACCUGAUCGAUCGAUACGGUUUGGGUAUGGUUGCGCGGCGACUGCUGGUUAUCACCGUGGAGGAUAGUAUGGCACACCCAGCCAUGCCGAUCCUGGCCUGGUUCAUGGGCACAGCGAGUAAGGGCUACCAACCGACUGCAGCCGAUGUCGAUGCAGUGCUGCGGUUCGCGGCUGAGAUCAGCAGCGUCGCCGUUCGUGACUUGCAGGUAUCGAGACGCUAUCACAGCAUUGAGGCGUUCCAGCACGACUGGGCGGUGUGCGAGGAAGCUUUUGGAACGUUGGUACCGGCACCAGCGCGGGCGCUCGUUGCCUCGUUGUUGUUGCGGGCGCUUUUCGGCGGCAUGCACGGUGAUCAGCUCAUGAUGCGGGAAUACGCUGUGGAAUGGUUGCGACGGUUUCUCUUGGAUACACAGCGUGAUCCGCUUCAACUGGAGAUACCAGCCGCACCACUGGCGAUGCUGCAGGAUUCGAUGCCGUCGCCAAAGAUACCGUCAGUGGAUCAGGCGUGGUACGCUGUCGCAGACGCUGCUGCCGCCACUGCGCCAUCUUGGCUCCAGUUCUUGGAAAAACUGUACGAAAGGGUCCGUAGCUUGUUAUCCUCGCAGCAAAUCCGCUGGGAAGCGGACCAGUGCGUAUCUAUUACCGAUAUACCGCCGGCGGCAGUAGGUCCAUUCAGCGGUCUUCCGUCACCAACGUCAGAGCGAGUGCAGCGGAGUCGCUUCUGGCAGCGCAUAAGCCGGACACUCCUCGACUAUGCUCCCAAAGCAGCACCAGAGGAUACCUGGGCCUCGCUUAUCUGGCAUUUGCGGGCCAAAUUAAACGUGCGGCCUUGCUGGUCGGUCGUCUUCGACGACAACGACGAAGACGACAACUCGACGUUCACCGUUGCGCUGCAGCUCGCGGAUAAUGCUUGCGAACAACUCCAGCCGUUCUUCACCAGUGCACAGCAACGAGUGUGUUGGCAGAACAUAGCACCCCAAGUCGAGGCUUUAUCCAUGAUGGUCUUGCGCCGCUAUUUCUCUGAGCACCAGACCCGAGGAUGA